AUGAUAACAGAGUUAAAAAACAAUAAAAUAUCAUCAUCUAUCCCUUUAAAUAUCUAUGAUAUUGUCAUCAUUGGAGGGGGUAUAGCAGGUUUGGCGUUUGCAUCAGCGUUGGGUAAAUUAUCAGAAUUUCCAUUAAAAAUAGCAUUAGUAGAAAAUUCAAGCCUUAAAAAUGUAAAAAAAUGGACACCUCCACUAGAAUACUCUAACAGAGUAAGCUCUUUAAAUAGAUCAACAGUUUCAUAUCUACAAGGGAUAUGGAAAUAUGUAAAAAAAGAACGAGUUCAAUCAUAUCAUGAGAUGCAAGUUUGGGAUGGUAUAUCAUCGUCAAGAAUUCAUUUUUGUUCAGGGGGUUAUAGAUUGGAAAAUCCAGAAUCAAAUGCAUUAGCUUUUAUGAUAGAAAAUAUCAAUCUUCAAUCAGCUAUAUUAAAAAAAAUAAGUCAGUUAUCUAAUCCUAUUGAUAUUUUUGAUUCAGAAAAAAUAAAUUCUAUAACAUAUGAUAAGAAUACAAAAGACACUUAUGAUUUAAGCAAUUGGCCUUAUGUAAAGCUAUCAAACGGAAAAACUCUUAUAUCUCGAUUAUUGAUUGGGGCAGACGGUGUUCAUUCUUCAGUAAGGGAAUUUGCAGGAAUUAAAUCAGCUGGUUGGGAUUACAAUGCACACGGUCUUGUUGCAACAUUAAAACUAGAACAUUUUUCAUCUGUUAAUGGUGUUCCUACAGCAUGGCAAAGAUUUUUACCUCAAGGCCCUAUUGCUAUAUUACCACUUCCAAAUAAAUAUGGAACAUUAGUGUGGUCAUGUCCUCCAAAAAUGGCCGAAUUUCUUAAAAGCCUUCCUAAAUCAACAUUUCUUUCUUUAGUAAACGCAGCAUAUAGAUUAGGAGCAGUUGAUCUGUCCUAUAUCCUUUCAUUAAAAUCUUAUCUUGAAAUUGAGGAUCAAAUUAAAUGGCGUCUGGAAUUGUGUCAAGAAAGCUUCCCAAUCCCUUCAUUUGCAAUAGAUUUGCAAGAUAAUACAAGAGCAUCAUUUCAGCUAAGAAUGAAGCAUUCAGCUAACUAUACGAAAGAAAGAAUAGCACUAAUAGGUGAUGCUGCACAUACUAUUCACCCAUUAUCUGGACAAGGGCUUAAUAUGGGACUUGGUGAUGUUAAAUCACUUUCAGAAAUAAUUCUUAACGCAUUAUCUCUUGGUCAAGAUAUUGGUAUGUUUUUAUCAUACAUUAUUGCAUAUUCUAACAAUUCAGGGAAUUCCCAAGUGCUUCAGCAAUAUGCGUCUGAUAGAUAUUUAAAAAAUUGUAUCAUGCUUACUGUAACAGAUAAAUUAUAUAGUUUAUAUUCUACGAACAACCCUUUUAUCGUUGGGCUAAGGAGCAUUGGAUUAAAUAGCAUUAAUCAAUUCAACUGGAUAAAAAAAAUACUCAUAAAUGAAGUAUCAACGAAAUUAUAG